UAGGAUCGAGAAAUAAGGAAACAUGAAAGUGGCAAACAAUGUUCUUCAACAAGUAUGCAUUACUGUUUCUUCUGUUUUGCAGAUUUGUAGCAUCACAACAAGAAGAAGAAGUUGUUGAUUUCACUUACAAUGGAUUUGGAGGAGUAAACAUGAGCUUGGACGGCUUAGCACAGAUUACAGAAAAUGGUCUCUUAAUGUUGGUAAGAACCACUUUCACACAGGUGGGUCAUGCCUUCUACCCUCACCCAAUUUGGUUCAAGAAUAAUAAUAAUAAUUCUUCCAGUGAUAAUGUUCUCUCCUUCUCUACUACUUUUGUAUUCGCCAUGUUCUCUGAAUUAUCAACAGUUGGUGGUCCUGGAAUUGUAUUGGUGAUCUCUCCCUCCCCAGACUUCCCAGGUGCUUUCCCAAGUGGUUAUUUGGGACUCUUCAAUACAACUAACAUUGGCAAUUCAUCCAACCAUCUAAUUGGAAUCGAGUUGGAUUGCCUCCAAAACGAAGAGUUUAAUGACAUCAAUGGUAACCACGUGGGUAUUGAUAUUAACGACUUGAAAUCUGUUGAAUCAGUUCCGGCAUCUUAUUUUAGUGAUCAAGAGAAUCGUCGGUAUGUGAACCUAAGCCUCGUCGAUGGACAGACCUUGCAACUCUGGGUGGAAUAUAAUGGUGAUGAGAAGCAACUUAAUGUGACUUUAGCUCCUAUUAAUGUCCCUAAACCAACCAUCCCACUCUUGUCCUCCAAAAUCGAUCUUUCUCAGAUCAUCAUAGAUCCCAUGUUUGUUGGGUUUUCCUCAGCUUCAUACGUCUUGCCAGUAUCCUAUUAUGUGUUGGGAUGGAGUUUUAAAUUGAAUGGUGGGGAAGCAACAGAACUCAAUCUCUCCCAACUUCCUAAGCUUCCUCAAAAUACAAAGAAAAAGAGCCCUAGACUUUUUAUUGUUGCAUUUUCUGUAAUUGGUGCUACUUUAUUGUUAAUCUCAAUCUUCGUCGUCUUCCAAUUUAUAGUGAAAAGGAAGAAAAAAUUUGCGGAAGUGCUUGAAGAUUGGGAACUCGAUUAUAGACCUCACAGGUUUAAAUAUAAAGAUCUCUACAUCGCCACCAAAGGGUUCAAGGACGAGGAGCUUCUUGGGACCGGCGGGUUUGGUAGUGUCUAUAGAGGUGUAUUACCCAAAUCCAAAACAGAAGUUGCAGUGAAGCGAGUCUCCCACAAUUCUAGAUUAAGGGAGAGAGAAUUCAUUACUGAGAUCAUCAGCGUCGGUAAAUUGAGGCAUCGGAACAUAGUUCCACUCUUGGGCUAUUGCCGACGUAAGGGAGAGCUCCUUCUAGUCUAUGAUUUCAUGCCCAACGGGAGUCUAGAUAAUUUCCUCUUUGAUCAAACAACAACAACAACAACAACAACAAAGACAAGGCUGAGUUGGUGUCAAAGAUUUCAAAUCAUCAAAAAUGUGGCGGCCGCAUUAUCAUAUUUACACCAAGAAUGGGAACAAGUUGUGGUUCAUAGAGACGUAAAAUCCAGCAAUGUGUUAUUAGACAAGGAACUAAACGGAAGAUUAGGAGAUUUUGGGGUUGCAAGAUUAUAUGAACAUGGAGCUGACCCUCAAACUACCCGUGUGGUGGGGACACUUGGUUAUCUUGCACCAGAACUUGGUAGAACUGGGAAAGCAAACCCAAGUGUGGAUGUGUUUGCAUUUGGGGCUUUUUUGCUGGAAGUUGCUUGUGGUAGGAGGCCCAUAGAGGCAGAAGAAGCAUCUGAAGAGCGUAUGGUGCUGGUGGAUUGGGUGAUCUCCUGUAGGAGUAGGGGCACCAUUCUUGAUACUGUGGACCCAAAAUUGGGGAGGAAUUAUAUAGUGGAGGAAAUGGAGUUAGUGUUAAAACUUGGAUUGCUUUGCUCUCACUCUAUUCCAACUGAAAGGCCACAUAUGAGACAAGUCAUGCGCUAUUUGAUGGGAGAAGUUCCAGUACCGGAGCCGAAGUUUCUUGGUCUACGAACUGGCAUUGAGCAUGACACAAUUUUUGUGCCUUCAACAGGUUUUUGUGAUGUUUCGAUUCCCUAUCCUAAUCUUAGGAGCUGCACAAUGACUCGGUCGUCGUCAGUUGCAGAAUCUGUACUCUCUCAAGGUCGAUGA